AUGCCAGCUGAUCUACUUGCAGUGCUGAACGACACAGUCAAACUGGUGAACUUCAUUAAAGCUUGUCCGCUAAAUUCACGAAUAUUCACACUGUUAUGUAAUGAGAUGGGCAGUGAACACAAAUCACUGCUGCUGCACACAGAGGUGCGUUGGCUGUCCCGCGGCAAAGUGCUGACAAGGCUCUUUGAACUCCGGCACGAAUUGCAGCAGUUUUUUGAGGAGAAUCCGUUUCAUUUGGCCUCCAGUAUGCAUGACGAAGAUUUUCUGAAAAGGCUCGCCUAUCUAGCGGACAUCUUCUCAGCUCUGAAUGAACUCAAUCUAAGUCUGCAGGGAGUCAGUGUAACUGUGUUCAAUACACAAGACAGGAUUGAGGCCAUGAUAAAGAGGCUACGGUUCUGGGUGAGUUGUGUGAGUGGGAACACACACCUGUGUUUCCCUACGCUUCACGAGUUCUUGGGGGAAAAUGACGUGGACCUGGGUGAGCAUGUAAAAAGUCUCAUAAUUGAACACCUCAACCAACUCGCCGAGCAUCUACGGAAACACUUCCCACCUAUGGACACAUCUCGCGCUUGGAUUCGCAAUCCAUUUGAAGUUUCCCUGCCCAUCCCACAGCUGUCAUUUCACAAGCAGGAGCAGCUGAUCGAGCUGUCAUCUGAUGGAGCACUGCAGUUACAGUUCAAACAAAAGCCACUUGUGGAUUUUUGGACCGAGUCACUGACAUCAUACACAGUCUUGGCAAAGAAAGCCUUGAGAGUUUUGAUGCCCUUUGCCACAACUUAUCUCUGCGAGGCUGGUUUCUCUGCUAUGGCAGCAGUUAAAACUAAAUAUCGGCAAAGACUGGAUGAUGUUGAGAACGAAUUGAGGCUUAAACUGUCUUCCAUUGCGCCAAACUUCGGAGAGCUUUGUGCCAAGAUGCAAGCCCACCCGUCACAUUAAUAUGGGCUGAGCGACUUUUGCGCUGCACUUGAAAAGUUCCAGAUGGAUCCUCUUUUAAUUUAUUUUAUGUUUGAGCCUAUGCUCUUUGUUACUUAAUUAUGUUGUGGAUCGUGUGUAGGCUAAUUUUAUUGCUGUACUUGAAAAGUUUCAGAUUGAUCCUCGUUUUUAUUUAUUUCAUCUACUUCGGAGCUUAUUCUGUUUAAUGUUGUGGAUCGUUUGUAACUUGUAACUGUCGUUCUAAUUUCCAUAACCAUUGUGUUAUGAUGAUAAUGAUGCUAGCUCCACGGUCAUUUAAUAGGCCUUGCCUAUUGCUGCAAUGUUUCUUUUACGCAGCUGAAAAUAACCGUGCUUUCUGUUACUGAGCCUCACUCAUCCUCUUAAUGUUUUUGUCAUGCGUGUUCUGGUUAUUUGUGUAUGAUUAAACAUGAGUCCUUAUAUGCCGAUAAAACAAAGCUUUGUUGCAUUUUUUUUUUUUUUUUUGAAGUUGGGAUUGGGGGUGCGCAGGAAAAAAAGUUUGGGAACUGCUGGGAUAGUGCUUUCGACACCUGAGUCACGUGACUUUCCCCAAAGCGUUUAUGGCAAACGCAGAGUAGAAGUUCCCUUUCGAAAGGGAACUGCCUUAUGUCCAGUUUACAGGUUUGCACACAAUUUGGUAUUUGAGUGUUGAUUAUUAUAUCUAAAAAUAAAUAGCGAUUUAAUUAAGACUAAUAGUUUUGCUCUGUUGUUAACCUUUAAUAUUAUAGUAGCCAAAUGUUCAAGUAAGGGUUCCCUUCAUAGUUUAUAGCAUUAGCAGAGAGAAUUUUUUUAUCCUUGAGAAAAAAAAAUAAUUUAAUAUAUUUAAAAACAGACAUAAUUUGUUCAGUAAAUUACUGUUUAACAUAAAAAGGACCAGUUUUAUGUUUAGUUUUCUCCCCACCUGCUGUACCAAACUGAGGUACGUACCGAACCGUGGGUUUUGUGU